AUGGUUCAAGAACGUUCAUCUCGAUUUCUCUUUCUUCAUUGUCUCUUUUUAGUUUCUCUUUCUUCAUUGUCACUUUUUAGUUUCUCUUUCUACAUUUUUAUCUUUCUUCAUUGUCUCUUUUUAGUUUCGCUUUCUUCAUUGUCUCUUUUUAAUUUCUCUUCCUUCAUUUUUCUCUUCCUUCAUUGUCUCUUUUUAGUUUCUUUUUCUUCAUUGUCUCCUUUUAGUUUCUCUUUCUUCAUUUUUCUCUUUCUUCAUUGUCUCUUUUUAAUUUCUCUUUCUUCAUUGUCUCUUUUUAGUUUCUCUUACUUCAUUGUCACUUUUUACUUUCUCUUACUUCAUUGUCUCUUUUUAAUUUCUCUUUCUCCAUUGUCUCAUUUUAGUUUCUCUUUCUUCAUUUUUCUCUUUAUUCAUUGUCUCUUUUUAGUUUAUCUUUCUUCAUUGUCACUUUUAGUUUCUCUUUCUUCAUUGUCUCUUUUUAAUUUCCCUUUCUUCAUUGUCUCUUUUUAUUUCUCUUUCUUCAUUGUCUCUUUUUAUUUUGUCUUUCUCCAUUGUCACUUUUUAGUUUCUCUUUCUUCAUUGUCUCUUUUUAUUUUCUCUUUCUCCAUUUUUCUCUUUCUCCAUUGUCUCAUUUUAGUUUCUCUUUCUUCAUUGUCUCUUUUUAAUUUCCCUUUCUUCAUUGUCUCUUUUUAUUUUCUCUUUCUACAUUGUCACUUUUUAGUUUCUCUUACUUCAUUUUUCUCUUUCUUCAUUGUCUCUUUUUAUUUUCUCUUUCUCCAUUGUCACUUUUUAGUUUCUCUUUCUCCAUUAUCUCUUUUUAAUUUCUCUUACCUCAUUUUUCUCUUUCUUCAUUGUCACUUUUUAGUUUCUCUUUCUUCAUUGUCUCUUUGUAGUUUCUCUUUCUCCAUUGUCACUUUUAGUUUCUCUUACUUCAUUUUUCUCUUUCUUCAUUGUUUCUUUUUACUUUCUCUUUCUUCAUUGUCUCUUUUCAGUUUCUCUUUCUUCAUUGUCUCUUUUCAGUUUCUGUUUCUUCAUUAUCGCUUUUUAGUGUCUCUUUCUUCAUUGUCUUUUGUUACUUUCUAUUUUUUCAUUGUCACUUUUCAGUUUCUCUUUCUUCAUUGUUACUUUUUAGUUUCUCUUUCUUCAUUGUCACUUUUUAGUUUCUCUUUCUUCAUUUGUCUCUUUCUUCAUUGUCACUCUUUAGUUUCUUUUCCUUCAUUGUCUCUUUUUAGUUUAUCUUUCUUAAUUUUUCUCUUUCUUCAUUGUCACUUUUUAGUUUCUCCUUCUUCAGUGUCACUUUUUAGUUUGUCUUCCUUCAUUGUCUCUUUUUAUUUUCUCUUUCUCCAUUGUCACUUUUUAGUUUCUCUUUCUCCAUUAUCUCUUUUUAAUUUCUCUUACCUCAUUGUCUCUUUUUAG